AUGGGUCAAUCACAAUCAGCAAAAUUUGAUAAAUUAUUUACAUUAAUAUGUACGGAUAAUACAGAAGAAUUAAGUCGACAAUUACGUUCAUGUUCAUCAUUAGAACAAAAAAAAUGUUUAUCAAAUUUAUCCGAUGCUGAUAAAGCAGCAACAUUAUUAAUGUAUGCUGCUUUUUAUGGUAAUAUGGCUAUAUGUCGUUUAUUACUUGAAUCAGGUGCACAAUUAUUUAGUCGAGAUAAUGAAGGACAUAAUGUUCUUUUUUAUUCUAUUGCUGGUCAAGCAUAUAAUGUUGCAAAAUAUUUAAUUGAAACAUCUCUUACAAAAUUUGAUAAUGAAAUACAAAAAAAUUUUAUUAAUAAUUUAGAUAAUACAGGUGAAACAUGUUUACAUGAAGCUGUUAAAAUACAUGCAAUAUCAUGUAUUGAAUUACUUAUUAAACAUAAUAUCGAUAUAAAUAUUGCUAAUAAAGAUGGUGCAACUGCACUUCAUCGUGCUGUUGAUCUUGGUCAUUCAGAUAUUGUUCGUCUAUUAAUUAAACAUAAAGCUGAAUUAAAUAUUAAAGAUACAUCAGGUUGGACUCCACUUCAUUUUGCAUGUGCACAUAAUGAUAUUGAAAUUGUACGUUUACUUAUUAAUCGUGGUGCAUAUAUUAAUGCAACAGAUAAUCAAGGUCGUACACCACUUAAAUGUGCACGUGAAACAGGUUCACGAGAUGUAUUUGAAUAUAUUAAAAAUCAAGGUGGAAAAGAUUUUGAUUCAACAAUAAAAAUUAAACGACAAGCAAGUGAAAAUUCACAUAAAAAACCAAAUAGUUUACCAAAAAUUCGUUCAUCACCAAUUGAAAUAGCAACAUCAAUUUCAAAUGAUCAAGCAUCAAUUUAA